AUGGCCACCAUCUUCCAAUCUCUGGACUGGCUUCUCCUCGUUGUCCUACUUCCCCUAAUCCUCCACCUCCUCUACAGAAUCGUCCGACUUGGCAAGCAACCCAGCGAGCCCACCAACUGGCCGGUGGUCGGCAUGCUGCCGGCGGUCCUCCAGAACAUCCACCGGGCCCACGACUACGCCACCGAGGUCCUCAGCCAGUGUGGUGCCACCUUCGAGUUCAAGGGCCCAUGGCUCUGCAACAUCGACAUGGUCUUCACCUGCGACCCGGCCAACAUCCACCACAUUUUCAGCAAGAAUUUCCCCAACUACCCUAAAGGCCCCCGAUUUCGGAAAAUCUUCGACAUCUUGGGCGACGGGAUUUUCAACUCCGAUUUCGAAUUGUGGGAGGUCCACCGGAGGACCACUCUCGCCUUUCUCACCCGACCCGAUUUUUCCCGGUCGCUCGAAGGGCUUGUUUGGGCCAAGGUCCAAAACGGGCUCUUGCCCGUUCUCGACGGGUUCUGCGAAAGCGGGUCGGAUCUCGACCUGCAGGAUAUUUUCCACCGUUUCACUUUUGACAAUAUUUGCAAGCUCGUGUUGGGUCAAGACCCGUGCAGCCUGCGGGUCGGGUUGCCCCGAGUUGACUGCGACAAGGCGUUUGACCACGCUGCCGAGCCGCUCCUGCACAGACAUAUAAUACCGGAGACCAUUUGGAAGAUCCAAAAGUGGCUCAAUAUUGGAAAUGAAAGGGUUCUGAGGGAUGCACGCCGGGCGUUCGAUGAAUUUAUCUAUCCUCGAGUGAAGCUGGAAAACGAAAAUGAGGAGAGUUACGAUUUUAAUGUGUUGAGAGUUUUUAAAAUGUUGUAUCAGGAGAAAAAAAUCGACUCGUCUCGUGAGUUGAGUGAUUUUCUAAGGGAUACGGCCUUGAGUUUGAUGUUUGCCGGCCGGGACACGACGAGCACUUGUCUGACAUGGCUCUUCUGGCUCUUAGCCACGAACCCUUUGGAGGAAAGGAAGGUUCUAAAUGAAAUCGAGCGGGAAUUGGGUUUGAACCAGAAUGACAGUAGUAGUAGGAGUAAUAGUAGCAGUAACAGUAAUAAUAAAUGCAGAUUUUUUAGUGUUGAGGAAUCUCGGAAACUAAAUUAUCUGCACGGCGCAUUGUGCGAGUCGCUUCGGCUUUUCCCCCCGGUGGCUUUGGAGCACAAGACCCCAAUCCGACCCGAUCAUUUGCUGAGCGGGCUUUACCUCAAACGGCACACGAAGGUCAUAAUCUCGUUAUACUCGGUCGGGAGAAUGGAGGGUGUGUGGGGUAAAGAUUGCUUGGAAUUUAGGCCCGAGAGGUGGAUAUCGGCAAAAGGGGGCAUCAAGCACGAGCCAUCUUACAAGUUCCCCGCGUUCAAUGUGGGACCUAGGACGUGUUUGGGUAAGGAAAUGGCUUUUGCUCAGAUGAAAAUGGUGGCCGCAACAAUCUUGUACCGUUACAAAGUUCGACUCGUUAAAGGCCACACGGUGGCCCCACGUGACUCGAUUAUACUGCAGGCGAGGAAUGGAUUGAGAGUCACCUUGUCGAGAAGGAGCGUAUAA